AUGGAGCGCACCGUGGUGCUCAUCACUGGCUGCUCCUCCGGCAUCGGCCGGCACCUGGCCCUGCGUCUGGCGUCAGACCCGUCCCGGAGCUUCAAAGUGUACGCCACGCUGAGGGACCUGAGGGCGCAGGGGCCGCUGUGGGAGGAGGCCCGGGCCCGGGGGUGCCCUCCCGACUCCCUGGAGACGUUGCAGCUCGACGUGAGGGACUCAGAUUCUGUGGCCGCCGCCCGGGCACGCGUGACCGAGGGCCGCGUGGACGUGCUGGUGUGUAACGCGGGCCGGGGUCUGCUGGGGCCGCUGGAGGCGCACGCUGCGGGUGCGGUGAGCUCCGUGCUGGACGUGAACGUGGCCGGGACGGUGCGGACGCUGCAAGCCUUCCUGCCAGACAUGAAGCGGCGCCGCUCCGGACGCGUGCUGGUGACAGGGAGCAUGGGAGGCUUGAUGGGGCUGCCCUUCAACGCCGUUUACUGCGCCAGCAAGUUCGCGCUCGAAGGCUUAUGCGAGAGUCUGGCGGUUCUGCUGCCGCCCUUCGGGAUCCACGCCACUGCGAGCAGGUCUUCCGCGAGGCGGCGCAGGACCCGGAGGAGGUCUUCCUCACCGCGCUGCGCGCCCCGCGGCCAGCCCUGCGCUACUUCAGCACCGAGCGCUUCCUGCCCCUGGCGCGGCUGCGCCUGGAAGACCCCAGCGGCUGCAGCUACGUGGCCGCCAUGCAACGCGCGGUGUUCGCCGACGAGCCAGCCGAGGCCGGGGCCGGAGGCCGGGGGGGCCCUGAGCUCGGCGCUCCUCCCGCCGCCCCGCAAUAAAGGCUCCAUCCUCCCCUGCGUCCCGCUCCCUCCUUUGCGUCCCAGGGCUGUGAAGUCUCCGGGGACGGGGAGGGGGUGGCAGCUGCACUGCGCUGGCGCGUGCAGCGGGUGGAAAGGUGAUUUAGAGAGAUCGCAUUAGCCCCGGGUAUCCCCUGCACGGAAACCCAGGUCCAGAAAGAGGAAUAGGCUAGUCCAGGGUCAGACCUUAGAGUGUCACAGGGUCACACGGCAGAGGCAGAGCUAGGACGCAGUCUCUGGGUACGUGAGUGACGUCUGUAGUGAUAGAAGUUAAGCAGACUUGGGGUUGGGGGAGAGUCGGGCUGUGACUCAGCCCCCAUUAGGCAGGGAUCUCAGGCAAGGUCCUUACCUUCUCUGGAGUCUGUUUUCUUUUUUCUUUUUUUUGAAACAGAGCCUCGCUCUG